UCUUCCAGCUUUACAGUGUUUCUGCCACCUCUGCACGAAGGACAAUUUCACUUGUGUGACAGACGGGCUCUGCUUUGUCUCUGUCACAGAGACCACAGACAAAGUUAUACACAAUAGCAUGUGCAUCGCCGAGAUCGACCUGAUUCCUCGGGACAGGCCGUUUGUAUGUGCACCGUCUUCCAAAGCUGGCUCUUCUACCACAACGUACUGCUGCAAGCAGGACCACUGCAAUAAAAUAGACAUCCCAACUCCCGUAAAGCCACAGCCUGUCCUUAGCCCCGUCCAGCUGGCAGCUGUCAUUGCUGGCCCAGUCUGCUUCGUCUGCAUCUCACUCAUGUUGAUGGUCUAUAUCUGCCAUAACCGCACUGUCGGCCACCAUCGAGUGCCAAACGAAGAGGACCCCUCAUUGGAUCGUCCAUUCAUUUCGGAGGGCACUACACUGAAAGAUUUGAUUUAUGAUAUGACAACAUCAGGUUCUGGAUCAGGUUUACCCUUGCUUGUCCAGAGAACAAUAGCAAGAACGAUUGUGCUACAAGAAAGCAUUGGCAAAGGUCGCUUUGGAGAAGUCUGGAGAGGAAAGUGGCGGGGAGAAGAAGUCGCUGUGAAGAUAUUUUCAUCUCGAGAAGAACGCUCAUGGUUUCGUGAGGCAGAGAUUUACCAAACCGUCAUGCUACGUCACGAGAACAUCCUGGGAUUUAUAGCAGCAGACAAUAAAGACAAUGGUACAUGGACGCAGCUCUGGUUGGUUUCAGAUUACCAUGAGCAUGGAUCUCUCUUUGAUUAUUUGAACAGAUACACAGUUACUGUGGAAGGAAUGAUAAAACUCGCUCUGUCCACAGCAAGCGGACUUGCCCAUCUUCACAUGGAGAUUGUUGGUACCCAAGGAAAACCAGCCAUUGCACAUAGAGAUUUGAAGUCAAAGAAUAUCUUAGUCAAGAAGAACGGGACUUGCUGUAUUGCAGACUUGGGAUUGGCAGUAAGACACGAUUCAGCCACGGAUACAAUUGACAUUGCUCCAAACCACAGAGUGGGAACAAAAAGGUACAUGGCCCCUGAAGUUCUAGAUGAUUCCAUAAAUAUGAAACACUUUGAAUCCUUCAAGCGUGCUGACAUCUAUGCAAUGGGCUUAGUAUUCUGGGAAAUCGCUCGACGAUGUUCCAUCGGUGGAAUUCAUGAAGAUUACCAGCUGCCUUAUUAUGAUCUUGUACCUUCUGAUCCAUCAGUUGAAGAAAUGAGAAAAGUUGUUUGUGAACAGAAGUUAAGACCAAAUAUUCCAAACAGAUGGCAGAGCUGUGAAGCUUUGAGAGUAAUGGCUAAAAUUAUGAGAGAAUGCUGGUAUGCCAACGGAGCAGCUAGACUGACUGCUUUGCGGAUUAAGAAAACACUGUCUCAACUCAGUCAGCAGGAAGGCAUCAAAAUGUAACUGCAGCGUGGCCUGGGCUGUGCGAGUCCUUCAGCACCGCCCCUGGCUUUUGUGCCGGAGGUCCGUUCUACCUCACUGCGAGGGGACACAGGGUCGCUUCCUGUAGCAGCAGUGGGACCAGGUCAACUAAGCACUCCCCGGGACUUCUUGGAUCCAGGAAGCAGCCGUGUGGAUCCUUCCUGUGCACUAUGGACGCUUCUGUCCCAGGGCAGCUGGAGAUGUUGUGUAGUUGACCUUUAUUUUCUAUUAACCUGAAGCGUGCGUGCGCGUGCUUAAAGAUGACUGCUGGUCUUAGCAUUGGUAACUCUGCUGUGCUGCAGGUCAUCUUUGGCAGUAGACGAGCUGGAUUGCUGAGCUCCAGGAAGCACUGCUUCCUUUUAGAGAAAGUGACUUACUCCUGGUAGUACAUUCUCAAGAGGAUGCUGAACCACUAAAGUAAGAGUUUUCUUGAAUCAGACUUUGAAUGUACUGUUCUUAAUUUUCAGGAUUUUAAAACGAACCCAUGAGUCUAAAAAUGACCUCAUAUCACAGUGAGGAACAUAAUUUAUGCAAUCAUAUUUUGUAUACGAUUAUUGUUCUUUCACUCAUUCAGAACAUUACAUGCCUUCAAAAUGGGAUUGUACUAUACCAGUAAGUGCCACUUCUUGUCUCUCUAAUGAAAAUUAGUAGACUUGCUUAAAGUCUCUGUGUUUUAAAACUUGAUAGUGUUUGCAUUUUGAAAGUUUUAUUUAUCUGGAUAACCCACAUUUUUUUCUUGUUUUAAUUUUUGGAAGGGUUUUCCUGGUGUUUCGUUUGUAUUCCAUCUUUAAAAUGCCUUUCUCCAACCAAACUGUGCUUGAACCACUAACGCAAUGAAGUGUCGGUGACUAGCCGGCUGCCUCCGAGCGGGGUUGAGCAUUCACACAUCCAACGCCCCAGGUUCAUUGUACUGUCUUAAGAAUAUAUUUUUGAAAAUCGAGUGGCACUCUCUAGAUACCUAUAGUACUUUAGUGUAAAAUUUGUAGCAUGCAGACUAGUUUCCAUAAAAAGUUUGUCUAGCUACUUUGGAGUUGUGUGACAUUCUGCAAGCCAUUUUUUUCCCCCUUUAUCUGAUCAAAGGCAGUGUUAUUUUUUUUUAAAGAAACUAAUUACAUUUAAAGUUGGCAUGGUUCGUGUUAAAUAGUAGACCUCUUUCUAGGAGGGUGAAGGUCAUUCAGCAUUGGACUAGGUAGAUGACAGGUGUGCGAGGGUCUCCUUUGUUCUCGCCGAGUAAGCUCGAUGGACUCUGUGACUUUGUAAGUAAGUGCAGAGGUAGUGCGGCUUUGAGGGUUUUGAGAAGGGCAGCUUUUAGUUCGGUCUUUCCUUAAGUGUGCAGGUAUUGCACCUGCUGAAUUUGCAUAGCAGAGUAAGGAACUCGGCACGCCCCGUCCAUAUUUGGGAGAGGUGGGAGCUAGGGGAUGCAUGGAGAAUCUGUUCUCCAUUUACAGAUGUUUGCAGUCGAAUGUUAAAGGCAAACUCAUCAUGGCCUCCUCAAGUGACAUUGAGCUGAGCUUCUAAGAACUGGCUUUUAACUUCCAGUGCUAUAAAGUCUUUGUAAGGGUUUCACAUUUGUCAGGGUUUUUUAAUCACUGUGAUCUUGUUCUGGAUGAAACAAAACUUACCAGCUGUGAGGCAAGACUUUGAGUUUAUAGUGCUAUCCAUUGCCUGGUGAAAGGGUUAGCCUGACCUUUCCAGUAUUUGGGCCCGUAAGAGAGAGUAGCCAUUCACACCGACUGUGGUGCAUUUUGAAUAAUGUCUUAUUGCUUACACAUGGUAAGAAUAAAUUUUAAAGACUUAUUUGGUCUUAAAACCAAAGUGAUCUUCGAACAAUACCUUUUUUCAAUUUCAUGUGUUAAACAGCAUGAGGAAGAUGUGCAUAGAGGCUAUUUAGUAUUUUGACUAAAAAUUUGAGCUUUUUUUCCUGUAGUUACCAUGAUUUCAUUGACGCAAGAGAAUGAACCUGAGAGGUUUGCUUUCUAGUUGUCUUAUGUUACCUGCUGAAUUGCCGAAUAAGCUCUGUGAUCAGGUACUUUUUUUUCCUUUUGACAUUUUUAAGCCUACCAGAUCUGCUUUAUGAAAUCCAGGGACCAAUGCAUUUUAUCACUAAAACUAUUUUCAUAUAAUUCUAAGAACAUACCAAAAGUUCUGGUACAUGAUUUCCCACUUUCAUUAUAAAAGGUGGUCAACUUUUGCUGAAGGUAUUCUAAAUUAAAAUCUCAGAUUUAGCUACAACUAUACUGUUCGUAACCUAGGUGGAUGCAAUGUACUUUUGAUGAGUCAGGAAAUUUUCUUAAAAGUUGGAAUUUACUUUUAAAUUUGGUCUACCUGACACCACAGCUAAUUCUUUUUUUGGUUAGCAGUGAGCCCCAGUUGGCUAAUACUGAAAAUGAAAGUGACUUAUAAGUGAUGGAGCAUGAUUAUUGUGGCCAUAACUGCAGGUAAAUUUGGCCUGAGUAUUAAUUUUGCCAUUUGUAAACACAAACCUUUGUUUUUACUGCCUAUCCUAAGAUGCUUCGCCUCCCAAAGUCAACUUGGCUAAAACAUCUGACUAAUUGCCAGUCCGCUUCUGGCACAUUUUUCCAGUGUGCCAGAGUAAUGGAGAUGCAGAGGAGUGGGUAGGACCAAGUGAGGCCUAGACACCCCGGGACCUUUUUUGAUAUGCAGGUCUGUGUUUGCCACCCUGCCCUCCUGCCAGUCCCUGCCUCGGAGACCAUAGCCUUGCUGGCAGUGAAGAGCUGCUUUUGAGAUAUAGUGUGAGACAACUGGCAGAGGUUGUGGGGCACACUUCUGGUUCCUGGAUGCUGCCAGGUAGGGCUGACCCUCCAGAGCCCUGCCUUGACUGCAGCCGUGGAGGAGUCGGGGUGGCAGUGAGGUUGCGGCAGAAGCUGUGACUGGUGAGUUGUAUCCUCUCUCGGACCUGGCAAGCCCUGCCUCGCCGAGCCUGUGCUUCUGCUGUAAUGACAGUGCUCAAGAAGUGCCUUGAGUCCGUGUAGAAUGCCUUGGCCAUCGGGGAUGUCAGAAUUCAGAUCUUCCUGGGACGUCUAUGUGGGCCACUUAGCUGUUUUUCAGCCCUGAAUUACUUUUGCUUUCUCUCUCAGAACAGUCAGAAACAGCUUUUUUUUUUUUAAAUGGCAGCAGAAUGCAAAUAAAGAUGCACAGUAAAAUCUGUCUCCCACCACUAGACGUGUACUAUCAGGAGCUGCUCUGCACCCGUGCACUGAACAAGGGUGGUGAUUGUGAAGCAGCUGUGUCCUGACCAUGGCAAUGCCCUGGCUCCCGCGGCGGAGAUUCCAAGUGAUGGUUCUGUUACAGCCCGGCAGAGAGCGGCAUUGUAGGGAACAGACUGCCGGAAGCUUCCUGUGUCUGCUCUGCAUGCUGGAGUGCCACUGCUGUUGGCCCUCUGCAGGGGUCUGUGUGCUGGCAGUUCUCAGCCCCCGAUGCAGUCUUCGUCUCUCAUUGUAAACUUUGAAAAAUGGGGUUAAUAACAUUCAGCCUGUUUGCUAAAGUUUGAAAAGAACUUCAGUGGAUUUUCUUUUCUUGUUUGACCUGAUUUGUGAACCGCGUGUCAUGAACCCUGGUUUGAUCGCCCUUUUCACAUUGUGCCCACGGAACAGACGGUUCCAGGCGUGUUUGGUAUUUCUUUUUUGUCAAGGAGAUGCUUCAAAAUGUCAAUUGCUUUAAACUUAAAUUACCUCUCAAGAGACCAACAUACAUUUACCUCACUGUGUAUAUAAUGUUGAAUAUUUGUCAGCAUUCUCCAAGUUUGCAGUUUUAUUUCUAUAAAAUAUGGGUAUUAUGUUGCUAAAUGGCUCCAAUGGUACUGUAUUGUUGAUAUUUGUACCCCCAAAUGACAUCACACUUUACUUUCUGUUUUCUAUCUUUUAUUGUAUGUGUGCACAAUUCUUUUGGCUUUAGGUAGUAUGUUAUCUGCCCUUCCAGAUAUGUAAAGAAAAAACCCAUAUCCAGUUUUCUUUAAGUUGAGAGAUUUUUGAGAAACUUGUAGAAGAGAGAAAAACAUAAACUGCAUUUCUCCAUAUGUUUUUUUAAAUUAUGUAUUGUAUUUGUAGUAGUACUAUGGAUGCAUUGUAAAUAGAAGCAGUUGAGUGAUGCUAUGUUAAGUCCUAACACUACAGUAGAGAAAUGGAAGCAAUGCAAAUAAAUUACUCUUUGCCCGA